AUGCAAUGCAAUUAUUUUUGGCGGUGUGGAUCACCACAUUCACAAUCACAGGUAACAUAUCACAGCUUCCACUGGAUGAAAGGAACACCUUUUGGGGAAGACCAAGGCAUCUACAAUUCUCUCACCUGGUGGGAACAGAUGGACAACGGCCAACAGCUUACCACCAACCGCAAGUACUUGAUAGCAUCGCAUACAACAGAUUACAGACAUCCAUGGCUGUUGCUCAACACACUCGCUCUCAUGGUUCUACUUGUUCCCUAA